AAUUGAAUGACUCACUGAUCGCAGCAAUAAUUAAAUUGACAAACAUUUAGUCCAUAAGAAGAUGUCAUUCAUGAAAAUCGAUAUCAAUUGGUCACCCUUUCCGGACAGAUUCAUAACAUUUGGAAACGACUUAAAACUGUUUCAAUGCGAGACUUUCGCUAAGGAGGUGCACAAGAGUUUCGCAGGCACUCAACUGUCGGACACGACGUCGGCCACCAUAAUCGCCACCAAUAGUGACGUGCAGUUUGUCAAAUGCAUUGCAAUCAAUCCGAAGACAAUUCACUUAGAAAACGAUGUGUUGGUGGCGACGGGACAGACGUCUGGCAAAGUACUGCUCACGUGUUUCCGGUAUAAUCCGGACAACUACGGAGUGGUGGGCCGAGAGUUUGUGCCCAAACACCCGCGACAAUGCAAUUGUCUUGACUGGAGUGAAACGGAUCCCAAUAUGUUGAGCGCCGGCUUUGAUAAGUUUCGUAACGAUUUCGCGACAUAUGUUUGGGACGUCCAAAGGCAGGCCAACCCAAUGACAGACAGCACUCAAAACUAUUACCAAAAGCCGUUGUAUGAGUUGGCGUUCGGAGAGUGGACUCAUUCACUGAAAUGGCUGUCAUAUCAGAAGCAACUGAUUGUCUGCGGAAUGAAUACCAAACACCUGAAGAUAUUUGAUUUGAGAGAUUCCGGUAAACCAAAGGCAACGCUCACUAAAGGUGUUUACGGACUGGCGUUGGAUCCCUACUAUGAGAAUAGAUUUGCGUCUUUUUUUGAAAACAAUAUAUUCGUGUGGGAUAUCCGUAACAUAGAUAAGCCGGUGACCACUAUAGGCCCGGAGCCCAGGAAUAUAGUGAAGAUCGAGUGGUGUCCCACCAGAUCUAAUAUGUUGGCCUCACUUAUCCGCGACGGCUCCGGUAUUAAACUUUAUGAUAUUAAAGAUUACGUGAACGCAAACAACGAUUUAGAGCCGGCCAUCAUUGACAGGAUUGUCAAUCCAUACGAAUUGUCGAAUAAAUGCAAAUUAUCCUCAUUUUCAUGGCAUCCGUCACACGAGUCACGAAUGAUUGUCGUCACGCCAUCCGGUUCUUUGCGUGACUUUACAGUCGUUGAGAGAAUGACUUUGAAUUGGUCACCGGUUUCCGAGAUAAUCUGGACCCACGGCAAGAAAAUUCUGCAGUGCAUUGAUUCCAGAGAUAGUGUCUAUGAAUCUAUUGAUGACAUAUCAGUGCUAAUGAGAAAUCUUGCGCUAAAUGGUUACGGCCUUAAUAAUGACAAAUUAUGGCAAAUAUUUGGACCGGACUCGCAGUUCUGUAAGGAUGAUCUCUAUAAUGUGUGGAAAUGGAUUGAAUCUCGCAUUAUAUCCGAGGACAAGAACACAUCGCUGGCCACUAAGAACAGCGCCAUCACUAACGAGGAGGAGUUGUUCAGUUCACACGAUCCGCAGCGCUUGUAUGGCGUGCGGUCUGUUCUCAUGCAGACUAACAUAUCUCAGACCAGACUUAGGGAACAGAGCGAAGUUGUCUUGGUUUCCAAUGAUAAUAACUCUACCGAUAAGAAUCUCUCGAAUACCAUAAUUAAGAAGUAUUAUAAGAGUAGCGAUCGAAAGAGAGCUCUAAUGCAUUGCGGAUGGGAUUCUAACUUUGAAUCCGUGCUCCAGAACUCGCGUUUAGUGGAGACUUUGGAAGCGAGCGGACAGUACACCCGAUCGGCAGCCGUACUGAUCUUCGGCGGCGGAAAGAUUAAGAAAGCGAUUAAUACGCUGAAAGUGGGCGCAGAAGUGCUUAAAGAGAACUCGUUUAAUGCCAUAGCUUUAGCUCUUUCGGGUUAUACGAAGGAUAGGAAUUCCUUAUGGCGUGAGAUGUGUCAGAGCAUUCAGAUUCAACUCUCCGACCAUUAUCUCAGAGCAAUCUUUACAUUUCUGACCACCGAUUCAGAGACUUUUUCAGAAAUUCUGUAUGACUCAAAACUGGAUAUCGCCGACAGAAUAGCAUUUGCCUGUAUAUACCUCUCAGACUCAUUGUUGUGCGAUUACUUAAACUAUUUGCACCAAACGAUGACUGAAAGCGGAAACUUAAGGGGAAUACUGUUGACGGGAGUCACUAACGAAGGACUCGACUUAUUUGCCCGAUAUAUCGAGCGCACGAGUGAUGUGCAGACAAUUAGUCUAAUUCUGCUGAAAGCGCUUCCGAGUCCUAUCUGUCAGACGCCGAGAGCCAAGUGGUGGACCGAGAGUUACCGCCAACUACUGGACUGUUGGCGCCUCUGGAACAUUAGGGCACAGUUUGACAUCGAGUGGUAUAAAGCGUUGUAUCACUUGAAGGAACCAAAGCAACACAUAUUUGUUUCGUGCAAUUACUGCGGACUUCCCAUCAGUUCAUACAUAAGUCGCGCCAAAUCGGUGAAAGCCCAGGAGACAUACCAACACCAACUGUCACACCAUCAGCACAACCGAAGCAUUUCCACGCCAUCCACUAACAAGAACGCCCGCAUCCAGAGCUGCCCCACGUGUCGCAAACCAUUGCCCCGGUGUGCGCUCUGUCUCACGCAUUUGGGCACACCUGGCGGUCAGUAUUGGCGGCCAGGGAUUACGUUCAAUAAAAGUGAGAGAAAAUUAAGUCAAUUUAACUCGUGGUUCACGUGGUGUCAGACGUGCCGGCACGGGGGACACGCCUCGCAUAUAAUCCAGUGGUUCAAUGAGCACGUGAACUGUCCGGUGGCCGGUUGUGAGUGUAAGUGCAUGUCAUUAGACGCCAAUUCCAAACUUUCCUCUAAUAUAAGUGUCUAG